GAAAUGAAACCCGAUUGGUUGUUGUCACUAUUUCAAAUUCAACCGUUUUUCAAAUUGAAACAACACGAGCAACGCAUAACCUCAAAAUUUAUUUGUGAAUUUAAAAUAUAAAACGGAUUUGUUUUAAAAUCAUUUCAUUCAUAAUUUUAAUUUAAUCGAUUAUCAAUUAAUAAUAAUAUUAAUAAUGGGAACACAGCAAAAAGCGAAGUGUAUCACAUUAAAAGGCUCGGCUGAACUUGUCAAAAAAUAUUUACAGUAUGGUAUCAAUAGUAUACUUUACCAACGGGGUAUCUAUCCUCCUGAAACAUUCGAGCCUGCCGAACACUUUGGUAUGUUUAUUUUGAUGUCUACUGAUGACAAGAUCAAGACCUUUCUCGAUACGGUUCUAACUCAAGUGGAAGAGUGGCUAUUACAGCGUAAAGUUCAGCAAGUAACUCUUGUUAUAACGAAUGUAAAUACCAAGGAAGUAUUGGAGAAGUGGGAUUUCAGGGUCGAUUAUGAGGGUAAAGUUGAGUCUGGUGAUGGGAAUAACCCAUCUGGUCUCCCUGAAGUUGGGACUAAAGAUGUGCCCAGUAUACAGAAGGAAAUUCGUGAAGUAAUUCGACAAAUAACAGGAACUGUAAGCUUUCUGCCACUUCUGGACUGUCUCUGCUCCUUUGAUAUAUUAACUUACACCGUGCCAGACUGUGGAAUACCAAAGGAAUGGGAUGAAACUCAGCCAGUCUUUAUUGCUAACAGUCAAGAAGUGCAGUUAAGAUCAUUCUCUACGUCUAUACAUAAAAUGGAUACAAUAGUGAGCUAUAGAAACACGUAA